AAGCACCUCCCCUUUGCUGUCGAUCGUCUGUAUUCGCUUCGCCUGGUUGCUUCUCCUCCUCCUUCCUCCCACCUCCCUUUUCGUGAGGUUGCGGGGCAGUGCGAGCCACCACUGCAGUGAAACCGUCAGCAACCACCACCACCCGCUCCAGCCCGUAGUAAAUAACACUCGAGUGCAAGCCCGGGUGCAACUGGGCUGAGGCAGCGUUGUUGCAAGGAAGGAAGGAAGGAGGCAGGCAGGCGUGCGCGCGCGUUGCGGAGAACAGCCGAGGAAGAGGCGGCGGCGGGAGGAGGAGGAGAAGCGGCGGCAGCAGCGGCGGCGAGGAGGCCGGCACUUGGCGGUGGAUUCAGCUGCGGGGAGGAUCUCGACACCCACCCGCCACCAUGCGGCAGCGCCAGGCAGGUCCAGUCCCAGUCCCAGGCAGGUUCAGCAGCAUCAAGCCACCACUCCGUUAUUCAGGAAAUGAGGCAAGCUACCCUCUGGAAAUGUGCUCGCACUUUGAUGCAGAUGAGAUUAAACGAUUGGGGAAGAGAUUUAAAAAACUUGAUUUAGAUAACUCUGGUUCUUUGAGUGUGGAAGAGUUCAUGUCUUUGCCUGAGUUACAACAGAAUCCACUUGUACAACGAGUAAUAGAUAUAUUUGAUACAGAUGGAAAUGGAGAGGUAGACUUCAAAGAAUUUAUUGAAGGAGUCUCCCAAUUCAGUGUCAAAGGUGACAAGGAACAGAAGUUGAGGUUUGCUUUCCGUAUCUAUGAUAUGGACAAAGAUGGCUAUAUCUCCAACGGGGAGCUCUUCCAGGUUCUGAAGAUGAUGGUUGGGAACAAUCUCAAAGAUACUCAGUUGCAGCAAAUUGUAGACAAAACCAUAAUAAAUGCAGAUAAAGAUGGUGAUGGAAGAAUAUCCUUUGAGGAAUUCUGUGCUGUUGUAGGAGGCCUAGAUAUCCACAAAAAGAUGGUGGUAGAUGUGUGACUCCUUAGAUACCACCCAACACUUUUGCUUUCUUCUCCAUCUCUGAAGAUCUGCUCAAGACGUCCAGCAACGCUCUCUGUGUAUUUAAAUGGAAGUAUUUUUCUCUGUGAAGCCACAUUUUCCAACAUGAGCCUCAUGAAGCCAACUAAGUGUUAUUGAACUUUUUAUUCUCUCAAUAACUCAGUGUAGCACUUUAAAGUCUGAAGGACAGCAAGAUGGAAAGAGCAUAUCAGUGUGGUGGAGAAAGGGAAGGGGGUUGGCUUUUUAAUUUAUUCUCAUCUUUUAUAACAAGGAAAUAUCUAUCUAUAUAUAUGUGUGUGUAUUUAUAUAUAGAUAUAUAUGUAGCUUUCUAUAUGUAGUAGUUAGGUGGGCUUUAAUUUAAUAUACUUGAUUCAAGAAACAAAACUAGAGUACAAAGUGCCAAGCAGAACAUUAACAGUUCAAUAUAUGGAUAUACAUCUUUACUUUUAUGUCACACAGUUAUAUAUAUAUAUAGUAGAAGAAUGUAAAGUUUUAAAUGGUUGUUAGGUCAACUCUUCCUUUUUCCUGUGACUAUUUCAGAUAUUUAUAUAUUGACUGGCUGAGAGAGCAUUGCUUCCUGUUAAUUUACCUUAAUUACAUUUUUGUAAGACAGGAAACUUAAGUUUGUUUAUAUACCUGUUGAUAUAUUACCAGAGACUGCAUCUUUGCUGGAUGGCUUUCAGUACAACUCUACUUAAUAGUAUGACAAAUGUAAUUUAAUAUUAAUGCCAAGAACUAGUCCUUGUGUGCAAAUAGGAUUUACAGAAUGCUUAUGGCCAUUUUAUUUUUUCACUUAGUAAAUGAGUGCAGUUGCACAUAUAAUAUAUCGCUCAUGAAGAUCAGCUGUGAUCCAUUAAUUACAGAUAAAACAGGUGAAAGCAUUUGCAUUUGUUUCUCAGCACAUAGUUUAAUUAAGAAUUUAGGAUUAACAAGAUAAUUGUGUAGGAUUCCCUUUGCACAAUGAGACUAUAAAACCUCUCUUGCCAUUAAGUUAUGUUCCAAUCAUAUAGGUUUCCCUUAUGCAUUUAGUAUAGUACUACAAGUUGCAUACGUAAACUGGUAAUAUUUUAUAUAUGUGUAUAUAGGAUUAUUACGGAUAUUAUAGGGGAAAUGUUAACCUAUGCCAUAGGGAAGGUGGAAAGCUUCACAUUAUCUAAAUUUAUACCUCUCGUUCUUCUCCAGUUCUUCACUUGGAGAAUUUUUUCUAGAUUUGUCCAUAUCAUGACUUGUAAUGGAUAGUAACUUGAUAUGUGUGAUAUAAAAGUAGCGAGCCAUGUUCUACAACUUUAUAUCAUCCCUUUCCUUUUCUGCAAUGGUACUAUUGGCUAGAAGAAAAACUUGCAUUAGAUUUUUAGGAUAGUACAACCUUUCCUGUAUAGCAGUUUUUCUAUUUUAAAAGGUUUUAUAAUCAGCGAUGGAGAAGGCAGGUUAUGUAUGAACUUAAAUCCGUUGCCUGCCUGCCACAGCUGUUCCUUCAACUGAGUGCUGCACAUCAUGGGCUCUGUCUGUGAGAGAGAAAUCCAGGUGCUUGGUGUCCUUGCAUGACAUGAAGUUUUGCAUGUAGAUCGAUUUAAAAUGUUCCUCUUGUUUACAUGAUUUGCAUAAUUUUAAAAAAGAUAAUGUUGCCAAACUUUGGUAAAUGUUAAAACAGAGAAUCUCCACUACAUGUAACUUUCUUCCUCUGGAUCAGUACGUGGCUUAUAAUCCCAGCCAGCCAGUGGUUAUCUGUUCCAGUGUCAACUGCCAUGUGCUCUGCUUCAAGGGGGAACGAGUCUUUUGUGAAUUUUUUUGUACAUAAGUAUUUGUUACAAACAUUUUAGCAAAUGCUUUCUAUUUCUUAAUUGCUUGUGCAUAUCCUGGCUGGCGUUAUAGAAAAUAGUGCUAACAUUACUUUCUUAUUGGGGGAUGAGACUUUUUUAGUUUGUGUGUGGAAAAUGGGUUAUGUUGAAUGUUUAGUUUUCUCCUCUGCAUGCUACAUCAUACAUUGUUGGAACUAUAGGAACCUUCAUACUGUAUGAAUAAAAAUAAAAUAUUUGAACUUUA